AUGCCGGAAACAGCUUCGAGGCCCUCUGCCUCGAGAACCCCCAGUGUAUGGAGCAAAUACACAGAUAAGAUUUCCAGGACGCCCUAUACUGCCACCCCAGAUACCCGAUCAGAGGUCAACCAGAAACCAGAGAUUGACAGAGCAGAGAAUGUGCCGCCGAAAGUGGGGAGAAUAGUGGGAGGGCGAUUCAAGGAAGGGAACAAAGAAGCUGGUCUGCAUGACAGACAUGGCCCGCUCACCGAAGUCGACAUCGAUAUGCCACUCACUUUGACCGAGAUCGUGGAGCAAGAUGGGAAAGAGUACAUUGUGCUACGAUAUGCCAUGGGCGAUCCUGUGAAUCCCUUCAACUGGAGUCCUUGGUGGAAAGGCAGUGUCACGACGAUGCUGAACCUCAUGACGCUCUUCAUCGGACUGGCGACAACAGCAUACAGCUCGACCAUCAAUGGCAUGACGGAAGAAUUCGGUGUAUCAACCGAGAUUGGCCAGCUGGGCUUGUUCCUCUUCAACAUUGUCUGCGCCAUCGCGCCGCUCUUCUUGGCACCUUUCUGCGAACUCGUCGGGCGCAAGGUCGUGUAUGCGAGCGCAUACUUGUGCUUCUCCUUGUGCUUCAUUGGUCUGGCGUUGGGAAAGAAUAUGGCCACCAUUCUCGUCAUGCGGGCUUUCCUCGGUCUCUUCGGCUGUGUCGGGACGAUUCUCGUAGGAGGGACAUUUGACGAUAUGUAUCUGCCUCGCGAUCGCAGCAGGCCCAUGGCAAUGUUUGCCUUCAUCGCCAUCUUCGGCACCGUCUUCGCGCCCGUGUACGCGGGCUUCAUUGAUCAACAUUUGGGAUGGAGAUGGACCGAAGGCAUCCAAGGACUCAGUAACAUCCCGCUCCUGCUCUGCAUCUUUGCCUUUUUCCCCGAAACUCGCGGUGGAACAUUCCUCCACAAGCGCGCGAAGCAGCUUCGUGCAGCAACGGGAGAUGAGCGUUAUGUCGGCCCAGAUGACAUUGAAACACCCUCUCUCAAAAGCAUGCUCAAAGCAUCAUCCGUCAAAGCCUUCAAGAUGCUCGCCACCGAGCCCGUAGUUUUCGCCUUCGGCCUCUGGAUCUCUUUUUGCUGGUUCGUCGUCUUUCUCUUCCUCUCCGUCAUCCCCAUUACAUUUUCGGAAAAACGCGGUUGGAACGAAGGUGUAUCCGGUCUACCCUAUCUCAGUCUCGCCAUCGGCACCACGCUCGGCUGGGCGGCCCAUCAUCUCCAAAUGUGGAAAUACGAACAAAUCAUGGACGACCCCGACCGCGUCGCAACUCCCGAAACACGUCUCUAUGGCGCCAUGUUCGGUUCCAUUUGGUUCCCCAUUGGUCUCUUCAUUUACUCUUUUACGCAAUACGGCUAUCUCCCUUGGAUCGCUCCCACCAUCGCUCUCGCUCCGAUUGCUUUUGGAAUCUAUUUCGUCUUUGAGGCGACCUACUCGUACACGGCGGAUUGCUAUGGCGAGAAUUCGGGUUCGGCGAUUGCUGGGCAAGGGUUUAUGAGGAAUACGCUCGGUGCCGUUUCGCCCUUGUUUGCGAGUCAGUUUUUUCAUAAUGUGGGCAGUCAGUAUGCGGGACUCAUUUUGGCCAUUUUGGGCACGCUGUUGAGUAUGAUUGCUUUUGUCAUGUUUAAGUUUGGUCCUACGCUCAGAGCGAAGUCGAAGCGUGCGAGGCAGUUUUAGAGAGAAGAAGACCUCUUGUUUCGAGCGCUUCGAAAGAAAAUACACACAUACAC